UCUCACCAGCCUGACCCGGUGAUGAACAUUCGGAACCAGAUUCUGAAGGCACCAUGAAGGCCAGGAGCAUCUUAGCCUUGGUGGGACUGCUGGCCCUCUGGACACAGCUCUCACCUGCAUCUUGCAUGCCACCACUAGAAAAAUUUGGAACUUGCCCCCCAAAUCCAUUCAAAUGCAGUGUAAAGGGACAGGAUGCUUGCAACCAUGACUAUGACUGCGAGGGGAUUCAAAAGUGCUGCUACUUCAAUUGUGGCAAAAUUUGCAGAAACCCACAAGAAAAAGCUGGCAGCUGCCCUAUCCUUCCAUAUUUCUGCUCCGUCCCAGAAGGAGAUCUUUGCAGCAGUGAUUACGAUUGUCCAGAAAAGAAAAAGUGCUGUUAUUUAAAUUGUGGAAAAAGUUGUGUAGACCCAUGAGAAAAUAAAG